AUGCCUUUGCCCAAACGUCGCAUAUUCGACUUGCAGGAAGUGCAGGCCCAACAGCUGGCCAAGUCUUUUGGGAGCAAUACGAAGGACAAACGUUCACCUAGUCAGGUCACGCUGACGCCAUGGGUGGCGUUUAAGCGUUGGUUUAGCGAGAAUUUGAGCAACUAUUGUCAGACUACAUCCCUGCAUGGCUUUAGUUAUAUUACACGGCCCGACAUCAGUCAUGGUGAGCGACUGUUUUGGCUCGGCAUUGUCAUCUUGGCCAUCAUAACAUCCAUUGUGUUGGUGCUCAUCUCAUGGUAUUGGAAUCGUGAAACGCCUACAGUGACAGUUAUCGAGAGCUCACACUUUCCCACAUGGAAUAUUCCCUUUCCCGCAAUUACUGUUUGCAAUUUCAAUAAGAUAUCAAAAACGAAAGCUCUGAAUUUCUUAGACCGCAUGCAGUUGCCUUCAAAUGUGACGAAAAUGGAUUUGCGGGAUCUCUUUAACUUGACACUCUAUCCACCAACCCUUGUUGUGAGCAACGAAAGUUUGCAGAUCUACGAUCGCAUUCUGAAGCUAAACAACGUAACGCUGGCCGAUCUUGCACAGCAAAUAUCACCCGAUUGCAUUGAAAUGAUUUCGCGUUGCAUUUGGAAGGGCAUGAAUACGAGAUGUGAGAGCCUAUUUCAACGCGUUGUAACCAUGGAGGGCACGUGUUGCAGCUUCAAUUACUUUGCUUCGGUAACCAACAACUUUCCAGAGAAAAUAGCGUAUCAGGUGCCCAAGCGACCGUAUCGCGUUACGGGCUGCGGCUAUCCCACUGGCCUAUCAAUACUGCUCAAUCCCAUGAUCUCUGACUACUACGGCACCUUCUUCAGUGGCUAUGGCUUCCGGCUGCUCAUACACGAUGCCUACAACUUUCCCGAUGAGAAUUCGGAAACAAAAGUCGUGACUGCGACCCGUGAGAGCUUUGUCCGCAUUAGCCCGGAGUCGACAUAUGCCACCGAGGAUAUUCGCCGCAUGGACCUACAAUUGCGGAACUGCCUGUUUGGACGCGAACGCUCAUUGAACGGACUGCAGCGAUACUCUUUCGUCAACUGCAUGUUUGAAUGUAGGGUGCUGAUGAUCCUUAAGCGCUGCGGCUGCCUUCCGGCCUAUAUGCACAAUAAUGGCAGUCAGCCGACCUGUGGCAUUCUACAAGUCAAUUGCGUGAUACAAAGCAAGCGUGUUUUCUCCAUGGCCCUGGCUAAUAUUAAUAUUACACUGUCAAUUGUGCGCCAGACAGACGACUUUCCCUGCGACUGCUUGCCAGACUGCCAAUCGAAUCAUUACGUAUCCGAGAGCACUAUGGGCAAACUAAACAUCACCUAUUCCCUAACAAGAAUGACUGCCAGUAAUCGGACGGACAACAUCCUUUUGCAUGUCUUCUACAGUGAUUUGAUGUCCACCCGUUACCGCAUGGAGAUAUUUCAGAAUUGGCUAUCGGCUUUAGCUUCGUUUGGCGGCCUGCUUGGUCUCAUCAUGGGGUUCAGCAUUGUGACUGCCUUUGAAUUUAUAUAUUUUUUGACCUUUCGCCCUAUCUUUAACUUUGUCAAUCAGGACUAG